UGAUCGCCCAUUUGCUGUCAUUUCCACAUUUCCUGUCGGUGGUCUCCCCCGAUUCCCGGAGUUCAUGUUCGACGAAUUUGAGUUCUUGUGAGGUAAUUCUGGACCACGCAUCUGCAACGUUGAAAACAGAGAACGUGUCCAUUCUCUGUUGCCACCUUGCGGAACAUGUCCUUCCUUGCAUUUGAGAAGCCAUGCUGUGGGAAAACUUCCAAUGAAGGCGCGGCCAGUUUUCGUGCCUACCCACGCUAAUGGAGCCAUGUGCGGGACUUUUCGGAACACAAGUCCACCGCAACUGUGGGCAUCAUGCGCUGGAACCAUUCCAAGAUCAUGCUCCGAGGAACUGCACGGCUUCUACUCUGCACACCUGGGCGGCAGGCCAGUUGGGGACGGCCAUGACUGCCGAUACCGGUCGGCUGGCGGCAACAGCUCAUUUACGAGAUGCUGCUCUCACAUCCACGGGACAAUGGAAGAGGAUGACUCUUCCGUCAACUUGGGGAGGUGGAGCAGAACUGGCCGAGAGGGAGGCAGAUCGGAUGUUGCAGCGGCCUAUUCAUGCAGAAUCCAAAGACAGAGCCCCCACGGAGUGGGGAGCCGGUCAAUCCACGAACGUUACCACAGUACCCUCCAGGAGACGGGCGUCGAAUGGAGAUUUCAUCAACGUCCAUGAUCCAAGGGCAGUUUUGCGGGUGACUUUCCCUUCCAUUGACCUCGGUGAACACGAUAUAUAGAGAUAGUACGGAUAGCAGAGAUGCAGACCUU